GUCACUCGAGAACCCGCGUCGCGAUAACACGACCAUGAAGCUCCCGGUUUUCGUCAUAAUUACAUUCCUCAUCAUACAAACCGCCCAGUGCGAACAAGACUGGAUACCUAAACUGUCUAAUGUAAUAGAUAUAGUCAGACACAAUUUAAGAACUAUCGGCUAUAAUAUACGAACCAAAAUAUUGGCGUAUUUCAACGAUUCAGACACUUCAACUCCACCAAAUUAUACCCUAAGUAAAGAAAAAUUUGCGCGGGAAAUGAAUGAAUAUAGUCGAGUAUCAAAAAGCCCAAAAGAAUCCGGAAAAGUUACAAAAAUAUUUCAAGGACCUGUCACUUCUAAGAAAACUUUAGUAAAAGAAGCACCAUAUAUAAUACAAGAAACAAAAUCUCUUCUAGAAGAAAAACCAUCUCUUGAAGAAGAAAGAAUAUACCUCCUAGAGUCUAGAGACACACAGUCUCCUCUACAAGAAACAACAACUGCAACUACAUCAAGUCCAGCCCCGGAGAGAACUGUAAAAAGAAGUUCGGAAGAUCCUUAUAUCCACUUUACCACUCCGCAACUUAUCGUCUUUCAUGGAUACAGUGUAGAAACACACACUGUUCUGACAGAUGACGGCUAUUUCCUAACAGUUCACAGAAUACCUUUUUCGAAAAAAAACCCUAAGAAAUUACCAGAGAAAACUGUUCUGCUCCAUCAUGGCCUGCUCGGAAGCUCUGCAGAUUGGAUUAUUACUGGACCGAAAAAAGCGCUCGCUUACAUUUUAUCUGACGCAGGGUACGAUGUAUGGCUGGCCAACGCUAGAGGUAACACAUAUUCUAGAUCUCACGUGUCUUUAUCUACCGAUUCUUUUGCAUUUUGGAACUUUACUUUCCAUGACAUUGCGCAGCACGACCUGCCAGCUGUCAUCGACCACAUCAUGUACUUAAAAGGUUGGGAUAUUAAAAUAAACUACAUCGGUCACUCUAUGGGUACAACGAUCCUUUUUAGUCUGCUGUCUACCAAAGAGCAGUAUAAUAAAAUUUUGAGAGCUGGCUUCGCUUUAGCGCCUGUGGCCUAUAUGUCGGAUGUCAGAAGCCCAAUUAGAUACUUGGCAAAGAUUUCUAAUAGCAUUGAAUUAAUGAUGAAAAUUUUAGGGCAGAACGAAUUCUUGCCGCAAAGUGAAUUAAUAAAAAUUUUCGCGAGAAUAGCUUGUGAAAUAAGCCCUUAUGAAGAAGCGAUAUGCGAGAAUGCUAUAUUCUACCUGUGCGGUUUUGAUGAAAAACAAUUUAACCGGACGUUACUACCAAUAAUACUGGCGCAUGAACCCGCGGGAGCUUCUACAAGGACACUUAUUCAUUAUGCACAAGAAAUUCACAAUAAUGGGCGUUUCCAGCAAUACGAUUAUGGACCAAUGGGGAAUAUGAGACAAUAUGGAACUUUAAAGCCUCCAGAGUAUGAAAUGAAAAAGGUAACGUUACCCAUAGCGCUGCUGAGCGCCGAGAACGAUUGGCUAUCUGGCGACGUAGAUGUGACGCGUCUGUUCGUGCAACUCGCUAAUCCUAUCGAGCAUUACAUAGUGCCUUUAAAAGAGUUUAAUCAUGUAGACUUUCUGUGGGCAAUCGACGCUCCUGUUCUUGUUUACAACAAACUCCUGCAUUUAAUGGAAGAGGGAAUUAGUCACUACGGUGUAAAUGAAAUUGUUAACUAACACUGUUAUCUAAAAGUCGAAUGGUUAGCUGUUGUAUUACCUAUACUUACGUCUGUUAUGGCGUUGUUUGAAACUUCAUGCAUGUGUGAAAUUAUUGAAAUCUGUACCAAUAUGUGAGUAGGAAAACAACCAAAUGUGAACAUUUCAGUAUUCACACAUUUAGUAUAAACAUUAUAAUAUACAGGCUUCUCAUGACUAUGCGACACGGACGGUAAGUAGGUACUUUAAACAUUGUAGGUAACAUAUUUUUCU